UUUAGUCAGUACUUCAAUUUUAAUACUGACCUACACUGAGACUAUUCUAUGGAUUUAAAAGGUGUGACAACCAGCAUCUCCUCUAGCCUAUAUUCUAAUUUAAUUGUAUUUACUUUAUUUUUAUAGCCUAUUUAUAAGUAGUGCUAGGUAUGUUCUUUAGAUAAAUAUAUAUGUAUUUUUUCCAACUUUUUGUAUUUAAACAAACUUUGUGUUCAGCUGCCUCCCAAAUGCUUAUCACAUGAAUGAUCUCGAUGCAUACUGGAUGAAGUUAAUUGAGGAGAAGUGUGACAGUGGGAGGGGUUGCCAACCAGCAGUUCAUUCACUGCAUGCGCCCCGGACAGGUUAAAUAACCCUCCCCUGAUGCGUACUCGGGCACUCUAGAGUAAACCCUCAGACACGAGCACAUUCAGCAGGACUGAUCGGAGAAACUCAGCUCGCUUCAUGUUUCUAGAGGGAGAACGGAUUAUGAACGCGUUUGGGCAGCAGCCGUCUAGCCAGCAGACCAGUCCCCUCCAGCACCAUAACGCGCAGGACAUCCUGGACAUGACCGUGUACUGCGACACCAACUUCAGCAUGUACCAACAGAACCUCCACCAUCACCACCACCACCACCACGCGCAAAGGCCACCUGCGCAUCCUUCCAGCUACGGACUCGGCGAAUACACCUCGCCCACAACCAACCCUUACCUGUGGAUGAACAGCCCAGGUAUCACCUCUUCCCCGUAUCUCUCAGGCCCGAACGGAGGCUCUUACAUUCAGUCAGGAUUUGGGUCGAACCAGCGGCAGUUUCUUCCUCCGCCCACCGGCUUCGGAAGCGCAGAUCUCGGGUGGCUCUCCAUUUCAAGUCAGCAAGAACUUUUCAAGAUGGUUAGACCGCCGUACUCGUAUUCAGCGCUGAUUGCGAUGGCUAUUCAGAACGCUCAGGAUAAGAAACUGACUCUCAGUCAGAUUUAUCAGUAUGUGGCCGACAACUUUCCUUUUUAUAAGAAAAGCAAAGCCGGAUGGCAGAACUCCAUAAGACACAAUCUGUCCUUGAACGAUUGCUUCAAGAAAGUCGCUCGGGAUGAGGACGACCCUGGGAAAGGGAAUUACUGGACUUUGGACCCCAACUGCGAGAAAAUGUUUGAUAACGGCAACUUCAGAAGGAAGAGAAAAAGAAGAGCUGAUGGAAACGCCAGUGGUCUGUCUGUAAAAUCCGAGGACGCGCUUAAAUUGGCGGACACGGCGAGCCUGAUGAGCGCGUCCCCGCAGAGUCUCCAAAACUCUCCGACCUCCAGCGAGCCCAAAUCAUCCCCCUCACCGUCCGCCGAGCACAGCCCGUGUUUUACCAACUUUAUCGGUAACAUGAACUCGGUAAUGUCGGGAAACGGCAACGGGAUCAGAAGCAGAGACGUCAGCUCUGGACACUUGGGGGAUUUUACGCACGGCAUGUCUGGACAUGAACUCGCCCCUCCAUCGGAACCCAACAGACUAAACUACUACUCAACAUCCCAUAAUAACAGUGGCUUAAUCAACUCGCUCUCCAACCAUUUCAGUGUCAAUAAUCUCAUAUACAACCGAGAUGGAACCGAAGUUUAGAGACGCUCAAUUUGUUGAACCUCUAAUGUGCUCUGUGAGUACAUAGCCAAGCUGUUACAAUAGACUUUCACCUCAGUUGCACAGCUUGAAGUUCAUUUUAAUUCAUUGUGUGGCCUGUCUGGUGCAAGUGCUUGGUGUGGGUUUGCAUCAUUUACAUGUAUUCUGCCUUGAGUAAAUGGUAAUUCUGCACCAAACUGUGAUACUUUUACAUGUCCACACAUGUCUAUUUCAUAGGCCACUAUAACAAGUGCCUUCUGAGAUGCUGUUUUUUUUGUAGACGAAAUGUAGAUAUAUUUUAUUUAAAUGGAAUGUUUCUGAUUUUGUAAAUAAAACGUGCAUAUAUCUGA